CUAUAAUUAAUGUGGAAAGUCACUUAUUUCAAGUAUAUUUUUGUGGGCGUUAUUACAAAAUAACGAUGCCGAAUUUUGUUUUAGGAAUUUAUUUCGUAUUGCUAUUAAAUUCUAAUAUCGCCUUAACUACAGUUUUAACUUCUACUGAAGUUAGUCAAAACCCCUAUGUAGAUUUUGAAAGUAUAAUCAAAGGCAAUAAUAAUAAUGUUCCAAAUCUCACAAAUUCUGGCACUACGUUAAAAAAAUGUGAAAACUCUGAAUUGCUGUACCCACUUUUAAAUAUACUCUUAGAAUUUUUCCAGACACGUAAUUCAGACAUUAACAAAUUUAUGAAUGUGUUGCCACUCAUUAAGAAAUAUUUAGAUGAGUCUACAGACAGUGUAGAAAAAGAUGAAAUUAAUAAAAAACUAAAAAGUAUAGAAGAUCAAUCAGAAUGGACACCUAAUCGAGCAUUGCGUGGAAUGUAUGAUUCAAAUGAACCAUUUAAAACGAAUAUUGUAUUCAAAACUGUGCCACCAAAUAUUAAUCAACCAAAUUGUAAAGAUACCUUGGAGAAAUUAAUCCAAGAUGCUUACAAUGUUUAUCUUCAAUUAGCGAAAUAUCCAACGUGUCUACAAAGUUCACUAAAUCCUAAUAAUAUAGCAUCAGCUAACCCAAUCGAACUAAAUCCAAACGAUUUUUCUUUCGAUAUAAAAUUUACGAAUCCGGAAAGUGUUUCAAAUAGACCACAAGAUUUUCUUAAUAAUGAUAAUGGAUUGUAUUCUUCACAUAAUUUAAAACCCAUUAUUGGCGACAGUAAAAAUUCAUUACAGUAUCUAAAUAAUAAUAAUCCUGAUUUGAUAACAAUAAUCUCAAACAUUGCAUCGUUACUUCAACAUUAUAGACCAGGGCAAUUUUCAUUAGUUGAAACUAAAGGAUUUCCGUCUAAUGGAGAAAUGCCUCAACUGUAUAUUAAUCAAACUUCACAACCCGAUCACAAUCUUUUAUUGUCGAAUUUGAAUACAGGAGACUCAAACGCUAAUUUAAAAUAUCCGCAUGUUCCGUUCAACAUUAUGCAGUACUUUAUACCUGAAUUUAUCAAGAAACCAGAUAACCCGCAAUUUAAAUUAGAUGCCACUAAUUAUACUAAUCCUCAAGCAAAUAAUUUAUAUUUCAAUUACGAAAACUCUGACAAUGCUUUGGCUGAUUUAGUAAAGAAUUAUCUAAAUCUACCAAUAAAUCAUAAAUCGGACAAAAUAGAUUUUAAAGAAAAAUUAGAAGAAAAACCUCAAGAAUAUUUAGGUUUACCUGAAAAUCGAUUUAAAAUUCCUUCACAGAUAAUAUUAAACAAUAUUAAUAAGAAUUUACCACAAAACCCUUUUCUAGAACAGAUAAUAAAAUUACUAAAAAAUCAAACAAAUAACCAUUUAGUUAAAACUCCACAGAAUGCUAUCAGUAAUGCAGACAACCCUGAUAUAAAACAAGAAGAAAUAUUUUUACCAAAUAAUAAAGCUAUUUUUUCAAUGCAAGAUAAUUCCAAACCAAGUCAAACUAAUAUACUACCACACCAACAAGAUAUGCUAAAUCCAUAUUCAAAUUUUGUAAAUGUGGAUUAUAACAAAUACCCAAAUUUAAAAAAUCCUUACAGUAACAGUAUACCUUAUAACGAAAAUAAUGUGAUAUACACACAUUCAAACUCGAACGGUGGAGCUUUACCAAAUCAAUCAAACCCGAACCUAGAACAUGUUUUAAAUAUUCCGAAAGAACUUGCAAGUAAGAAGCAACAAACACUAAGUAAAGAUUCAAAUCAGCCAAGUAUUCCAAUCGUGAAUCAACAGCAGAAUUCAUUCCCUAGUAGCAUAUUAUACCCAGGUAAUAUGAAUUUUAUUCAAAACAAGUAUCCACAUUUGUUAUCAGACUACAAUUUAGUUCAACUAAAUGCAUCUAAUCAAAUUUUUGAAAAUCCAAAAGUUUUUCCAGACAUGAAUAAGAGCAUCCUUCAAACGGUUCCAAAUUAUAUGAAAUACAAAAGUGUGCAUUCAAAUUCUGUAAUGCCUAAUUCAAUUACUGGUACGCCAUCAAAUUAUGCGCCAAUUGCAGGUAAUUCAAUGCUGUUACCAGAUUUACAACGGUUAGCCAUAACUAAUCUGUAUAAAUUGAAUACAUUACCUGACCUAGCGGGCAUGAUUGAGUUGACAUAUUUCCUUAAACGACCAAAACAAUUAUUGUACCAACCAUACUAUUUCGUAAAAUAUAGACUUCCGUACCAAACAUUUGUACACAAUUUGCAUCAGCUAUUACUGAGAAAACCUUUCCUCAGAUCUAAUCCAAUAAAGUUAUACCAAGAGUUAGUAACGAUGUCGAAUAUUACAGAAAUAUCGCCAGAUUUAAAAGGAGUAGGAGAAGAGGAUAUACAAAAAUUGAUUUCUGAUAACGGCGCAUUGGUUAAAGCAAAAAUAAUCAAUGGUAAUGAUGCAUUUUCAAAUAAACAGUUGAAAGUUAUACAAAAUUUAAAUGCUGCAAUCCGUCCAGAAGAAAUUUUAAAGAUAAAUCAAGAGCAAAUGAACCUUGGAGUCGAUAAAAAUAAAGUGGGCGAUAAUACAAAGGUGAACAAAGAUGUCCAUAAUUUCAGGUUAGAAAAUGUAACUCAAGAAGCGAUUGGAGCUUGAAGCUCCUGCUUUAUAAACCUUACAAGCUAAUAGUUAUGGCUCAGUAUUAAGUGAAGAGCCAAAUAAGACAUUCUUAUAACCUUCAAUAUCGAUUCCUGGAUUCAAAAUAAAUCAGAAUUGGCAUUAUAAUUAA